AUGGAGGACAAUGACGGUAGUCUACUGCAUAAUCCACACCACCGCAAGUCGUCCUCGUCCAUCCACUCUCACCCGUGUGCAACCACUUCUACUACACCAAUAGGGGUACAUUCGCAAUCGGCUCACCUGCCUCCACUCCUUCACCCGGUCGUCCCUUCGCCGGGCGUUCACAGUCUACCAGCUCUUACGCACACUUCGCCAAGUUCAACUUCCACUACAACACAUUCUCCCUCGUCUCCGACGGCACAACCAGUAUCUCCAACUAUGAACACUUCACAACCGGGUUAUGCGCUUCAGUCACCACCUAUUACGAUUGUAUUCGAUCGGUUAUGCAGUGGCUCGUUGGGUGUGAACACGCCAGUACAUAGUCCUCAUACGGUUGCUAUGGAUACGACCGAGGAUGGAGAAAGACACCUGGAGGAGGGUCAGAGUUCGCAGGAGAGUACACAGGAGCGUACGCAGAAGGAGAACGUCUAUGCAGAACAACAAAAGGCGAGGAAACAACCGGAAAGGAGGGGUAGUGGUCCGAGCAAAAACAGAAAGAAGAGGAAACAAUAUUCGUAUAGAACUCCGGAUUCUCAUCGGGCUCCGGAUUCGCCCAAUUCUUUGGAUAGAUACGAGACAGAAGACGAGUUCGGGGAAGGGAUGAGCAUCGACGAUAAUCGGUGUGAUGUUUGUUUGGAUUGUGACAUGAACUCUUCAGUAGAUUCUCUUAAAAAAAUCUUAAUGACAUUUCCGGCGAUGUCUCCGGCUCGCUUGGACGCUAUAUUACCGAUUCUACUGGAUAAUGACAUAGAUCACCCUGAUAUUUUGCUUCUAAUAGAGAAUGAGCAGUAUCUUAGGGAUCUACAUAGCAAAAACGGUACAGAACUCUCACGGGGUAACUGUCUAUCUAUCUGGCAUGGUAUUCAAGAACACCGACAGAACGCAUCAAUGCAUACACCCAAAUCCUUCACAUCAUCAUCAUCAUACUCUCCUCCACAUUUGACGUCUCUUCGCUCAGACAUAAUACUCACACACCCGCCUAGAUCUAAAAAACCUCGAAUGGAACGAAUGGAAUCAUCUAUGGACAGAGAUGACGAUAGUUCGCAGAACAGACAAAGAGUAAAAGCACCCAAGUUGAACAUGUCCACAAUUGAAGAAGUACACACACGGGUGGAUACUGUUCUCGCCGAAGUAGCUAGGGAGAAUGAGCGUCGACGCCAGAUAGCUUCUACGAGGACUACGGGCACGCAUCCAACAUUAAAGUUUGAGGAUUUUGUUGGAGAAUUGAAACAAGCGCACAAGAUUCCUGUUGCGUUUGGGACGUUGAGAGAUAUGCGAUUUUCGUAUAUUUUGAAGAAGCUGAAUCCGGCAAAAUAUGAAGAAGUAUUGGCGAGCAGAUGUGUAAAUGUGACAGAGUUUUACAGGAGAUGUCAAGAAGUGUGUGAGGAGAACUUUCAGGAGGACGCAUUGGAGAGUGCAUUACCAUGGUUGGAGUUGAAAAGUAAAUUGUAUUAUAAGUAG